GGUGAAGACGUUGGUCAUCAGGACAAACCAUUUGGGGACGAGAGGCCUGCCAUUGUCCACGAAGUUGCUGAGCACGAGCCCAUCGGCCCGGUUACCGAAAGCCCAAUACCCCGAGACACCGACGCUGAAGAACGUCGCCAAAAUGACUGCGUAGCAUAUGCAUAGCCCUUUGAACAUCUUGCCCUUGACGGGCGCCGCCACGGUGGCCUGAAUCUCCGGGAUGAUGCCGUUGCCGUAGGUGGUGCCGAUGAUGGCGAUGGCGUUGAAGAUUCCGAAGAGCCUGUCCUGCGUGCUGUCUCCCGGAAGG